GUUUCAAAUCGGUUCUUCUCGGGCCGUGUUGUCAAUUUUCGAGCUUCCUCCUCCUGAAAAACAAAAAUCGAGAAUCAAAACAAAAAGUUUAUCCCCGUGCAAAAGCAAAACGAAACAAAAUCUUCUUCGUCGACAAGCGAGGAAAAUCCGAGAGGAAAGUAAAUUCAUCGGUAGCGAGCUCCCACAGCACUAGCAUUCGCAGCGGGGUCCGACCGUUCUGCUCAGUAGUGUUCUUGUUCUCGUGUCGUUCGGUGUGGAAUCGAUUCCCUCUCCUGCGUAGACUCCGACGAGGUGGCGGUUGUGCUGUGCAUGAGUGUUUGUUGUCCGUUGUACCCCGUGUUCCGAAGCAACCUGUCCACUGAGUGUUAUCAUCCGUACUAAAUUACCCCUUUUUGUAAGACGGUAGUGAUAAGAAAAAUCCAUUCGUGGGUUGUUGGGCAGAGCGAUUCAAGUGAAUUGUGUAGUCAGAAUCGAAGGGAUUUAGCUCAGAGAGUGUGGACCAGUUCCGAGAAUUGGGUAAAAGAUAUCGACCGAGGAGCAUCCGUGGGUUGGAAAUUGUGUUCCAUCUGAAGAGGAAAGAAGAACAUGAAUGCCAGUGUGUCGUGUUUGAUGCGGUCGUCCAGCUCGGUUCUUGGGCAGUAUGUCAGAGUCACGACGGGGAUUGUGGUUCCGGUGCAAACCGGUGCAAGUGGGUUACCUUGUGGUAUGGAGCGACAGCAGGAAGCGUCGCAGAACAGAAAAUUCAGUAGCAUGAGCGGAGAAAGAGGGGGGAACCCGAUGAAGAACACCUGUAGGAUUACCCACUGCAGGCGAGGCAGUAUCAACGGUUAUAGUGAGAUGCCGUUCCUGAAGGCGGUGAUGAGGUUUGACGUGACCCGGGGAUACACGCAGGCUGCGUCCACUUUGACGCGAGAGCAGCUUCAUGAUCUGGUGUAUCGCCUCAAUGAAGACGAACGGGAGCUUCUGAUGAACACGCUGAAGCAGUUCGAAUCCAACAAACAGAAGGCUCAAUUCGAAGGACAGUUGGCGGCAACGAUGUGGCGAAGCAGAUUCGGACGACCGGCGAAAUUGAAGCCAGCCCUCGGGGACGUUGAUCCGACUGGUUCCUACUGUGCGGUACCGGAAGAUUGGCUGCAGAAAAAGUUCGCGGAAACAGUUCCUGUACCUGCCAAGAGCGAUUUGAUGAGAUUGGCACUGGUGAAUGCACUGCCAUUUAUUGGAUUCGGUUUCCUGGAUAAUUUCACUAUGAUCAUCGCGGGAGACUACAUCGAGCACACUCUCGGGCUGUUCAUGUGCAUCUCGACGAUGGCCGCUGCCGCCCUGGGGAACACAAUCAGCGACGUGAUCGGCAUCGGGUCGGCCUUCUACGUGGAAAAGGUAGCCGAGAUGAGCGGAGUGAAACCACCCAAGCUGACGCCAAUACAGCUCGAGAUGAAAUCCAGUCGACGGGCGGCGAACAUGGGCCGUGUGAUAGGUAUUACUAUCGGAUGUAUACUCGGAAUGUGCCCGCUGCUGUUUUCGAAGGAUGCGGACAAAAAGGACGACAAGGCUGUGGCUGAAGCAGCGGCAGCUCCUGUCGACGUUGUGGUGCUAGAAAAAGGCAAGUAAAGCAGCUUAUCACCCGCCGAUGAUGGUGCACUGAAGGACCAGUUGUUGCCGCUGGAUGGCAAACAUCUUCUCGAGUAUAGUCAAUUCUAAGAUAGUGCUAAUUACCUGUACGAACUUUUUAUGUAUGGACCGAGCCGAGUGACGUCGAGCGUUUAUGUUUGCGUGUUUGCGUUAUCUGAAACCGCGGCCAGAUGAGCGCGUGAAUUUUGUUCAGACAAACCUGAGCCAUGUAAAUAAUAUCUACAUUUAAUUACUAAUAAUGAUGAUGGACAAAGGCAUUAGCUAAAAAGCGUAUGACGCGAAAGGAAUAGGAACACUGCGCGUGCUGAGUUUAACUCUCGUUAUGUACUUUCUACGCUAGUCUUUCACUUUAGAGGCGGAAAUCGCUUGUGUAGUAGAUAGUAAAACUUAUGAGAUCUGUUAGAUCUUUUCGUAGAAAAAAAAAUCAGUUUUAGUUACUCUUCGAACUACUGCUCAAAUACUCGACGAUUCUGCUUCACCAAUCAUCAAAGCUUAUGACUUAAUACGCUCUUCCAAUCGCAUUCGAUGAUUCUUAUGCUACAUACUAUGUAAAUUUAUACCAAUGUUCUAAUGUUUCUAAAGAGUUUUAUAUGGCGAUACUCAGGUGCUAUGUUGAUUUUUAUUACUCACACCAUGCAAUCAGUGUUGCAAUUGAAUUAAAUUUGAUUUGUUUAGUGGCACAAAUUCUAGAUCUUUAUUAGUCUUUGAUAACUGUCUCAUACAGAUAGUUAACCUUUUUUAAGAAAAAUCUCAGCUAUCAGUAAUCAGCGAUAACACAUGUAUUUAAAAUCGUAAUGUUCAUGUUCUUUCAAUAGUCAAGCAAGUGCCAUGUUAUCUAUAUAAAACAUCACUUUUCUGUUAACGUUACCAACUGCAUCAAAGAAUUAUGAUGACA